UCUUCUUACACUCAGCAUCCAUCUGACACCAUGUGGACCAGCACUAUGCUGCUACUCCUCGCCUGCUGCCUUUGGUCAGCUGAGGCUCAGAGUGAAGGCAGUAGGAGACAAAGCAUCUGGGAUGAUCAAAUCACAUUUCAAACCAAAGUCAAGGACCUGUGCACCAUGAUCAUCACUGGUCACGCGGAAUACACGAGGCUGAGGCUGUCUUGCCAGGGAAGCAAACGCACCUACUGGUGUGAAUACGUCGGCAAGCCUUACACCUGCAGCUCCUACAACAAAAACCCUCGUCACUACUUUGUCCAGAUGAUGUGGGGCCUCAGAAAGCUCUACAAUGCCUGCCAGGGACCAAGGCAGAUCCAACCUCAUAUGUGCAGGAAGGCAACUAAUGACUCUCAGAUGAUUUUCUCAUCUGCUUCCUUCUCCCGGUCAUCGCCUGAAGAUCCUUCUAGGUCAGGAGCAAGACCACCAGCACGGUCUCCAAGACCUCAACCUCGUCCUGCCCCUACAAGGCCUGAUUCAGCAAGGCAAGGUUCCACAAAAAACAUUCGAGUGACACCAAGAGUAAAAACAACAAAGACAACCAGUCCACAACCAACGACACCUCCAGCGGAGAGCAAGGCUAAGAAGAUGGCUCGGCAGUACUGCUGGAGAUCCCUUCAAGGCAUCUGUUCUUACGUCAUUGGUUUGUUUCGGAAUUAACAAGGAAGAUUAACAAUUCUGAUGAAGAUAACUUCUGAUGUCUGCUUAAAGUGGUCCUGGGAGGGAACUUCCAGAUGAGAAAUUUGUUCAUCCGUGUUGGAAGAACUGCAGCGCUCUCUUCAGGGAAAGCAUGGUACUGCUGCGACAUCCAAAGCACGAUUUCUAAGUGAACCUUACAUGUGUUAUCUUCCAAAUGUCACAGCUGGAAAAACUCCCUAACUGCUUAAUUGUGAAGAAUAAAUAUUUUGCAAAACAGCUAUGAAGCACAUGUAUGAAAUUGUACUAUGUUCGAGUUUAACUUGUGAGAGGGUUUCUGCAAGUGCACAAACUUUUACAACAAUAUAUGAGCCCAAGAUAGAAGAGACAGGCAACUCAUUCUUGUCACUUAUAUGUAUUUGUUUGUAUUAUGUUUGUUUACUUGUAUAUAAUCUACUUACAUCACUUAAUAUGACCUUGAAUAUUACACUGUUUAGAAAGACCAAGGUUUAUUUUGGUCUGAAAAAGUCAGUGGUUUCUGUACUGAUUUAUUUGACAGAAACAAAUAUAAUGAAUGUGAAAAUUGUAUUACAAAAAUAAACAUUAUU